AUGUCCAAGUGUUAUAGGCUAUCGUCGAUCACAACGAGGCGUUGUGGUAAAAAUUGGUCGGGUCGUCUGUGGUUCUCAUCUCCGGAGUCAUUGUCGAACAACAAUGCCACUCCUAACGUGGCGACGUUGCCGAAAUCCUCCCUAACUAUUGAUUUGAGGGUCGUUCCGAAAUUGUUUGUGUUUGGGGUGUGGUUGUCGAGUCCGUGCCGCAUCGACAAAGAAUUACACCCUACUCAACCACUCGUGACAAAUAGUAUGAAAAAUAAGUGCCGGCGGGCGCAGGACGGCAAUGUUAUAAAAUAA